AGGUCCGGUGCAGACAUGGCUCGGUGUCGGCUGUCGACGCGGCUGCGGCCGCUGAUGGUGCUCGUGCUGGUGCAGUGCGCGUUGGCCUCCCUGCGGCGGGUGCCGCGCCAGGCCACUGGCCCGUCCUCCGGCUCGGGCGCCGCCUCCAGCACCUCCUACCCCUACGAGCAGCAGCUCAACUACUACCAACAGCUGCUCAACCAGUACAUCCAGUCCGGAAAGUACAACCAGGCCUUGAACGCGGGAAAGACGGGUUCCAGCGCGGCAGCGACAGCGACACCGACUCCAGCCCAGCCGGCGCCGUCGGCGGCGCCCGCCCCGGUCCAGCCGAGCGUGCCCGCCGCGCCGCCGACCGUGCCAACCAGCCCGGUGCCGGUGCCGACCGUGCCGCCCACCAGCCCGCCGCCGCCACCCACUCCCAGCUACGUCCCGCCGCCGCCACCCACCCCCAGCUACGUCCCACCGCCGCAGCCGCAGCCCUCGGCUCCCAGCUUCGUCCCGCCACCGCAGCCCUCGCCGACGCCGGAGCCGCCGGCGCCGUCUGAGCAGCCGGGCCUGAAGCCGACGGCCGCUGGAGGUCUGCCGUACCCCGGGUACCCGCUCAGUGACCUGGCAUUCUCCAGCUACUUCCCCAGCCUGUCGCUCUACCAGCGCCUCCUGCCCAAGCCGAGCUCGUCCAAGGCGCCGGCCACCCCGGAGGUGUCCACCAACCUGGUGGAGCCCGUCCAGCCGGCGGCCGCCAUCAAGGUGUUCGACACGGCGCCGCCGCCGCCGGGCGCUCCGCUGCCCCAGCCGACGCCGGUGCAGUCCCAGCCGCAGCCGCCGCCGCCGCCGCCACCGCCCGCCCCGACGGUCCCGACCACGCCGGCACCGGCUCCGACCGCGGCACCUUCCACUGAGGCGCCGACCGCGCCGGAGCCGGCGGCAGGCCAGCCUGGAGCGUUCCCGGGCCGCCCGUACUACCCGGGAGCGCCGUACCCCCCGCCGUACUACCCUUACUACCCACCGCCGGGCGCCUACCCCCGCGGAGCGCCCUCCCAGUCCGGCGCACCCUCCCAGCCGGGCUUCUACCCGGGCUACUACCCCGGCUACCCGUACCCGCCCUACUACCCGCCGCCCGGCUCUUUCCCGGGCGCGCAGCAGCCGGAGGCCAAGCCGGCGGCCCAGCAGAGCGCCUUGCCCGGCUUCGGUCUGGCGCCGGCCGCUCCCAGUCCCGCCGCGGCGCCGGCAGCGCCGGUGACCACCGCCGCCCCGGCACUGGCCGUGGCCACCCCGGCCCCGGUGGCGCCCGCCCUGGCGGCCCCAGCGGCGCCCGCUGCUCAGCUCCCCGCGCUGCAGACGGCGGCGUCCCAGCCGGUGCCCAGCGCGGCGGCGCCCAGCGCCCAGCCGACCGCCGUCGACUCGGUGGCCUCGUUGUUCACCCAGAUCAAGACGCUGUACCCAGAGAUCACGCUGCAGCAGCUGCUGACGCUGCUGAACGGCCCGGCCCAGUCGCCGCUCUCCAGCACGACGGCGGCGACUACGGCGGCCCCGACCGCGGCCCCGACCCCGGCGCCCACCCCGGCCCGCACCCUGGAGGCCGCCAAGCUGCCGCAGGAGUAUCUCACGCUGCAGCUGACACCGGACACAGCCUUCCAGUCGGCCUACGACUCCGAGCUGGCGGCGCUCAAGCUCCGAUCGCAGCUGGUGUAG